AUGAUGCGGCCGCACGACCCUGCAAAAGCCAAGGAGCAGGUGGUGACCCGCAAGGUCAUCCAAGAUAUCCGCGAGAGGAUCAGCUCCUGGAAGGAGCAUGCCACCGUGGUGACCGGCCGCCAUGGCAGCGGAAAGUCCGUCGCGGUGCACGAGGCCCUCCGUGGCCUUCCGGGCACCUUCGUCCACACCGUCGACAACGCCGGCUGGAAGGACAUCCUCUACAAGGAACUGCACUUGGAUGGGGCUGGAAUGCUCAAAGAGCUCUUCAAUCGGGUUGCCACGGAGCUGCAGAAGGAUCCCGAGGCCCCGUCCAAGGUGCCCAUCCUCGUUCUGGACAUCCCGCGAGAGACGACCGAAGGUAUGCCGCUGGUGUCGAAUUUUGCGAAGGAGAUGUCCUCGGACCGGCUGGGCGCUGCUGUGCACGUCAUCGUUUGCGCCUCCUCCGCAGGCACAGCGAUGACCUUCGAUGCGGGAGGUUCUCAGCGACAGGUGAACUUUUGGGUCGAGGACCUCACGGAGCAGGAGGCUCAGCAGUUGCUGGAGCUGGAGGGCCACGGGCAGGACUGGAAGCAGUUCGUGGCCGCAU